AUGUCUAUUAAAAUUUCCGAUACCCUCCCGCUUCCCAACAGCAGCGAGCGCAUUCCGCGCCUGGGCUUUGGCGUCUACCGUUCCCCCUCCGCUCAAUGCGUCCAGUCGUGCCUCAAGGCUCUGGAAGUGGGAUACCGACACAUUGACACCGCGCAAUUCUACGGUAACGAAAGCGAGGUUGGCGAGGCCCUGCGCACCAGUGGUCUGCCCCGCGACCAGAUCUUUACUACGACUAAGAUUCUUAGCCCCGCCGGCUCAGUCGAGGCGACCUAUGCCAAGCUGCUGGAGAGCGUUGAGAAGGUCGGAGGACCUGGCGGAUAUGUUGAUCUGUUCUUGAUCCAUAGCUCUAGCUCUGGGUCUGCAGGUCGGAAGCAGCUGUGGCAAGCGCUGGAGAGGUUACAUGGAGAGGGCAAGGCCAAGAGCAUCGGUGUGAGCAACUACGGUGUGCAGCAUAUUGAGGAGAUGAAGGCGUAUGCCAAGAUUUGGCCGCCGCAUGUGAACCAACUUGAGCUCCACCCCUGGUGCCAGCAGCGAACGAUUGACGCAUACUGCAAGCAGCACGGCGUUGUCGUCGAGGCCUAUUCGCCGAUUGUCCGUAACAAUAAGGCCAACGAGCCAACGCUUGUCGAGAUCGCCAAGAGGUACAACCAGUCGACGCAGCAGGUGCUGAUCCGUUAUGCGCUGCAGAAGCGAUGGGUGCCUCUGCCGAAAUCUGACACUGCAGAGCGAAUUGCAGCCAAUGCCGACGUCUUCGGCUUCGAUCUCAGUGCGGACGACAUGGACCUCUUGGAUUCUCUCGACCAAGGUGCCGCAGGAGCUAUUGUGGAGGCCGUUGAGAACGAGUGA